AUGCGAUUCGAAAAUCUACUGAUUGCACUCGAUAUAAAAGACAAGAAAAGAAAACGAGCGUUAUUAUUAUACUAUAUCGGUGAAAGUACUCUAAAUAUCUUUGAAACACUGCCAGAGACAGGCACAGAAGAUGAUUAUGACAAAGCGUGUCAAACUUUAAAUGAACACUUUAAACCUCGCAAGAAUACAUCGUUUGAAAUAUUCAAGUUAAGGAAAACAAACCAACUUGUUGACGAAACUCUAGAUCAAUACCAUGUACGACUCGUCCAGAAAGCUAAGUACUGUGAAUUCUCAAACUUAGAUACUGAGAUAAAAGCUCAAAUUGAGCUAGGGACCAAUUCCAAACAACUUCGACGAUAUGCUUUCCGUAAACCAAAACUGACUUUGGCUGAACUCUUAGACUAUGGACGGACACUUGAAACUGUUGAAGAAGAUGCGAGCGGAAUUGAGCACAAUAUGAAUGAAACACCAAUGAAAGAUAUCCACGCCGUACGACGAAAUACGGCUGCUACAACGCCUAAGACAAUAUGUUUCUUUUGUGGAUUAAACUGGCCACAUGUGGAUGUUUGUCCGGCAAAAGGGAAAACAUGCAACCAUUGUCACAAGCAAAACCAUUUUGCACGAUGUUGUAAAUCGAAAAUUUCAGCUGGACAGCGUGAAAGUAAGUUUCCUCAGAAAUCCAAUGAACGAAGAUCCCAAGUGAAACAAAUAGACGAACAAGGUACGAAUUCAAGCUCAGAUGAAUAUGUUUACACAAUAAAAAACAAACCUUUGAUACUAACAAAGUCGUUUUAACAUCUAUCACCACUUCACCCACAGGAGGAACUGUUAAUGAAGUUAACAGUGACUGUCGAAAACGAAAUUUCUACACCCAUAUUAAAAUCAAUGACAUAACUAUUCGUGUAAACAUUGAUUCUGGUGCCAGUGUAAAUAUUAUCGAUAAUACUAGUUUUGAGAAAUUAACACGCCAGAACAACAUCCACUUGAUGAAAAGCAAAAUAAAACUUUUUGCUUUUGCCACUAACACACCCUCGACAUCAAAAGAUAUUUCGAAGCUUCAGUUGAAUCAGGAACAAAAAUUACCACAGCCCAAUUUUAUGUGA